AUGUUUAUAAUACAUAAUUUCUGUUUGCAACUUUUGUUGGCGAGUUUGGCUAUCAUUAAUACUAUUGCUGCUAUAACAAAUGAUGGCACUGGUCGUUUAGAAUUCUCCCUGCAGCGUAAAGAGGAUAUGUAUUACGCUACGACCUUAGAUAUAGGCACUCCGUCUCAACAACUGACAGUAUUAUUUGAUACCGGGUCUGCUGAUUUUUGGAUUAUGGAUUCUAGUAACCCGUUCUGCUUAUCAACUUCAAGCACAUCAUCAUAUCUAAACGCAACUUACGAUGGCAGCAUAAUCACGCCUUCAGUUGAUUGCCAGUCUAUGGUCACAUAUAGCGAGGGUAAUUCUUCCACGUACCAAAAUCUAGAUAAUGGUAGGUUUUAUAUUAUUUAUGCGGACGGAACGUUUGCUGAUGGUACUUGGGGGACGGAAACAGUAUCAAUUGAUGGAAUUGUCAUCCCUAACAUUCAGUUUGGUUUAGCUAAAUAUGCUACAACACCAGUAAGUGGUGUCCUAGGCAUCGGAUUUCCUAGAAGAGAGUCUGUUAAGGGUUACGAAGGGGCACCUAAUAAGUACUAUCCUAAUUUCCCACAAAUCUUAAAAAGUGAACAAAUCAUUGACGUUGUCGCCUACUCGUUAUUCUUAAAUUCACCUGAAUCUGGAACUGGUUCUAUUAUUUUUGGCGCCAUUGAUGAAUCAAAAUUCUCUGGGGAUUUAUUUACUUUUCCUAUGGUGAAUGAAUAUCCUAAUAUAGUCGAUACUCCUGCAACUUUAGCAAUGACCAUUCAAGGUUUAGGUGCUCAAAACAAAAACAGCUGCGAGUAUGAAACAUUUAUGACGACCAAGUAUCCAGUUUUAUUGGACUCAGGAACAUCGCUAUUAAAUGCGCCAAAAGUAAUUGCAGACAAGAUGGCUUCAUUCGUGAAUGCUACUUAUAGUGCAGAGGAAGGAAUAUACAUAUUAGAUUGUCCAGCUUUCGCAGAUGAAAUUGAAUAUACUUUCGACUUUGGCGAUUUGAAAAUAAGUGUUCCACUUACUAGUUUAAUUCUAAGUCCUGAGGCUGAGGGUGGUUAUUGUGGGUUUGCGGUCCAACCAACAAACGAUUCUAUGGUUCUAGGCGAUGUGUUCCUUUCCUCUGCAUAUGUUGUAUUUGAUCUCGAUAACUAUAAAAUAUCUUUAGCACAAGCAAAUUGGGAUGUCAGCGAGAUUACAACAAAAUUAGUGAAUGUUCGCGCAGAUGGGUCCAUUCCAGGCGGUAAGACCGCUACAGCUGAACCCUGGACCGCUAAUGAGCCAUUUACAGUUACCUCUAACAUUUUCUCAUCGACCGAUUGCAAGAGUACGCCUAUUAUUCAAUCAUCAACAACUCCUUCAUCUAUUGCAAAUACCAGCAUGCUGGCUGGCAAAUACUCUACGAAAAUACUGGGCACCAGAUUAACUACUACCUUAAGUAAAACUACGCCAAGCAGUAUGAACCAAAGUAUGAGUGCAACCACGAAAAACUCUAACAGUGGUACGUUAAAAUCAUCCUUAACUGUGGAAAAGUCAGGCAGUAGUUUUCUUUCCACGAUUUCAAUAGAAACAUCGUCCAUGAGCGACAAGGAAACACAUCUCACCCAUUCGAAACACCAGACCAUAAGGAAUUCACACACAAUAGAGAAUUCUAGAUUUCACCCAGAAUCUGUCCAUAAAACGACAAAUCGACCUGCUCACAAGACAAUCAUAACAGAAACUGUCACGAAGUAUUCUACGGUUCUGGUAAAUAUCUGCAAGCCGACGUAUUAA